UCUCUUACACGUUCUCUCUUAUCAUAUUUAUUUCGCUCGACAUCUAUCUAGCUUAUCAUAUAAUCCACGCCUAUGUCGGGCCACUGAACGUGGAAUUUAUUCCACAACCAGUCACAAAUAAACUUAUGUUGUAGCUGAUCAGAUCAUAUCGACGUGUGGAUGUAUUUUUAAAGACUACAUGGAUAGAGCUGUGAGAUUGAUUUACUGAGAAAGGAGUAAACUGGAUUGAGAUCAGGCAUGAAGAAGAAAUUUUCGUCGCUGCUCGGCCGUUCUUACACGGUCGGCCGAUUGCAAGUCUCUGUCGAGGAGGUGAUUGCAGAAGGUGGGUUUGCCCUGGUCUUCCUGGUCAAAGGUCGCAAUGGAAUGCAUUACGCUCUCAAGAGGAUGUUUGUCAACAACGAGCAGGAUUUGGUUGUCUGCAAGAGAGAGAUCAAGAUUAUGUCUACGCUGUCAGGGCACAAGAACAUCGUACCCUACGUAGAAUCCAGCAUCACGCGCAGCAACAGUGGAGUCUACGAGGUCCUCAUCCUGAUGGAGUAUUGUAGAGAUGGCCAUGUUGUCCAGCAGAUGAACGAGAGGCUUUCGGUAGGGUUCACGGAGCAAGAAGUCCUGAGAAUAUUCUGCAACGUCUGCGAGGCAGUCUCAAGGCUUCAUCAUUGCCAGACACCCAUCAUCCAUAGAGACCUCAAGGUUGAAAACAUCUUGCUGCACCGGAGUGGCAACUACAUGCUGUGUGACUUUGGCAGUGCUACCGGACGUGUUCUAGACCCUAAGGUACACAGCAUAAACGACAUCAAGGAUGAGAUUGAGAAGUACACCACAGUGUCCUAUCGCUCUCCAGAAAUGAUUGAUUUGUAUUCAGAGAAAACUAUCACAACCAAAGCAGAUAUAUGGGCAUUAGGGUGUAUGCUGUACAAGCUGUGUUUCUUUACUCUUCCUUUUGGAGAGAGUAGUCUAGCAAUACAGAGUGGAAACUUCACGAUACCGGACAAUACUAAGUACUCCCGAGAGAUGCAUGCCCUUAUAAGAUACAUGUUGGAGGUGGAUGCAGAGAAGAGACCGGAUAUAUUCCAGGUUUCCCAUGUAGCGUUCAAGGCAGCUAGCUCGGAAACCCCUAUCCAGAAUCUACAUAAAUCACCCGUUCCUGAUGGCAACAAGCUGCCCCUCCCCCUGACGGAGAGUGAGCAAAGACAGCAACAUUCCAGAAGCAAAACCAACAACCAAAAUAGAACCCCUGCUGGCCCGAUGGAAGUCAGUACCUCUGUCACACCCAGGCAGAGGCCCAAGGCAUCCCAACAGGGUGUGGCUCCUGCUGCAGGGGGAAUCUCACUCCCUACCCCAUCCUCCAUCACCAGGCAACGCUCAUCAAAGCAAGGACAACCUCCCACCACAGGUCCAACAGUAGCAGCCGCAGCGCAAAGAUUAAGUCCCCCACAAGUUCAAGCACAACAAGCAAUUCAACAACAACAACAGCAGCAGCAGCAGCAGCAGCAGCAGCAGCAACAACUGCUACAAGAACAACAACUUGCCCAGCAACAAAAUAAGCAAAGACUUCUCGCUCUUGCCCAACAACAACAACAGCAGCAACAGCAGCAGCAGCAACAACAACAACUGGCAUACAACAAUGCUCAAGCCCAGGCUGCUUAUGGACCACAGCAACCGCAACAAGUUGCUUACGCCGGUCAGCAAGGUUUCCAGCAGCCGUACCAGCAGCCACAACCAACCCCGCAACAGCCCGCGUUUGGGCAACAUGGUGCUUUCACCAGACCCCAACAACUUACCUAUGAGCAACAACAAGCAAGCAUUCAGGCGCAGUAUGCACAGCAACAGGCUGCAUUGCAGCAGCAGCAACAACAGGCAGCACUUCAACAGCAGCAGCAAGCAGCAUUACAACAACAGCAACAAGCUGCUUAUCAACAGCAGCAACAAGCCUUAUUACAGCAACAACAACAGCAGCAGCAGCAGCAACAAGCAGCAUAUCUUAGCCAACAGGCUGCUUUAGAGCAACAAGCUGUGCUACAACAACAGCAACUAGCAUACCAACAACAGCAACAACUCGCUGCACAACAACAGCAGUACCAGGCCUCUUCGCCUCCUCCGUUUUCCCAGCAACCACAGUUCAUACCAUCCGAGCAACAGGCCUUGUAUCAACAGCAACAGGCAGCCUUACAGCAGCAACAACAACAAGCACAGCAGCAGCAGCAGUUCCUACAGGCCCAAGCACAGGCACUGGCCCAGGCCCAGGCUGCAGGAGCAGUAGGGACCUUGGUUGAAGGUAGGCUGGACGAUAUCAAUCAGCCAGUCAUGGAGGGCAACUCAUUUGAUGCAGCAGACCAUGUGUCACCUGUUCAAGACCUUGCGAGUCCUACUAACCCGUUCAGUCCUCAGUCUGCUAUGCUAGCAUCCCAGCUACCAGCUCCCCCUGAUGAUGAAGACUUGGACAGUGAAUUUGACCAACUUCGAAAAGUCAGUCCAGAAACAGCAACCAAUGUUGCACAGCCUCAGAUACAGGGAAUCUCGAAUCCUCCCCACACUACAGAUGUCUUUGGCGCCGUCCCAUUUAAUCUCAGAGAAGGACGCCCUCAAUCUGGAGGUGCAGCUGAGAUGGAGCAGAUAGCCAGUGGAACUGGAAGUCAGCAGACCCUGGUUCAAGGUCACGUCAUGGAGUCAUCCCCACCCCUUGUAGGAGGAGAAGGAGAGGCGAGGAAAGGGGGUCACAUGGAUGUGUUUGGUGCUACGCCUUUUGGUCUUAGCGGGGGCGGUCAAGCUGCGCAGCCCUCGCAGACGACGCAACAGCAGCAGCAAAGGCACAUGAGCCCCCAGGAAGCGGACCUACUAGGAGCUAUGGCUACGGAACCCCAGCCAGAGUCAGCAUCCACCCCUCGCAUCAGGGUGGGAUUUGAAGAUGACUUUGUGAGGGAGGGGAAGCAGGAAGGGAGGUCUGAGAGACUGACCAGUACGGGAUCUUCGUCGGGUGGUUUCAAUUUGGAAAGGUCAAUACGAGAGCUGGAUGAAUUUGGAGCAAAGCCGUUUGGAAGUGUCAGGCAGCAUCGAGGAAGCGAGUCAAGUAGCGAUCACGAGGGGGAGCGGUUGUCGAGUAGCUUGCGUGAUUUCAGCUAUGAUACCUUUGAUAGUGAUUCUAUUGAUAUUAGGAAGGAUGAAGAACAUGCUCAUAGAGGGUUGCUUGAUCAAGAGGAGUCGUCAGAAGAUGAAUCCGAUGAUGAUUCUGAUCACCAUGACUUUGAUGAAGUUGGCGCUCAACCCUUGAUAGGCGAUGAUGGCCAUGGUCUAUCGGACGCAGAGUUGGCCAGUCUCAAUCUGCAUGAGGACCUGCCAUCUCAGAAAGUUCGAAAAUCUGAGCCACCCGUUGCGCAGCUCAUCGACAUGACUGAUGACGACCCCUUUAGCCAAGCUCCUUUCAAAGCCAAGACGGGUAGCCUCAAGCGAGCAACCGAGCCAGUGGGAAUGUGCGCCCUCACCCCUCCCAUCUCGCCUCCGAUGCAGGAGGAGGACCCAUUCGGGGAAGCCCCUUUCAAUCCUCGCAGUGGAUUUGAACGUGAGACCAGCAAGUCAUCCGUUGGCUCGACCGGUUCAGAUGUCUUCUCAAAGGCACCUUUCUUGGUGUCAUCCAAGAAGCGACAGGGCACCGGAUCGGAGGUGAGGCGUGCCAAGACGCAGCAUGUCUCUGGGGAGCAGACGGCACUCGGGAACCCUACACCGCCCAUCUCACCAACAGAGUUAGGAGCUCAGGGAGUGUCAUCUAAGAUGUCCAAGCAGGAGCCGGACAUGUUUGGUGCUGUCCCGUUCCAUGCUGUUGCGUCUCAUGGCUCUGAUCUGGAGAUGAGCAGUAAAGAGGAUGCCCAACAACCAGGCCCUGCCUCUCACAAGCGCCCUCAUGUGGUGAGCACAGCUGUAGGUGUGCGUCGUUCCAGCCGAACAUCGUCUGGAGGCAGAAGACGUCGCAGUGGCAGUAACAGCUCCCGUUCGUCACGUCGCAGCAGCUCCAGCUCUGCCUCCAACUCUCUCAAGUCAAGCCCAGGCAGCCAGCCCAGGCUACGAGGAUCCCAGGACAGCCUAGAUGCGUUUGGCUCACGCCCAUUCUCCCUCGCAGACGACGGGCAACCCAAGCCGGUUGACACCAAGCUCACUUUCGAGGACACUUUUGGGCGCAAGCUCACGCCACCCCAAUCCCACAAACAAUUAGUCCUGCCUCUGACUAAAGCAGUUGAUGACUUUGGCGCACAGCCUUUCACGAGUCCUGACUCGCCCGCUGCUCCCCCUGCAGGGUUUGACGUGGAUGUGGAUCCGUUUGGUGCUGCACCCUUCAAACCACCUGCAAUCUCAGGGCCAGUGAAGCGGCAAGGGGCGAGGAGAGCAAGAGAAUCACCAGGGGAUGAGAAAUCUCCCGAGAAGAUGAGUUUAGCUUCAAGGCAGAGGCGCAGCUUUCAGACAGAUCUCUAAACAUUGGAAAUCUAUCAAUCCUUUUUUGCCAGUAAUUUUUCAGGAACAACAUGAAAAUAAGCCACGAUACAUUUAAGCAUGUGUAAAGGUAUUUUUCAAAGAUAAAAGCUGGAUGUCUCUAGCUUAGAGAAUAAGUUUGCUGUUGAUUAUUAUGUUUUAAGUCUGUUUGUAGUCGCUCUCAAGGUAUAGUGGAACCCUAGGAAUGCAUACUAGGAAUUACAGAAGCCAACAGGUCAUUAAGAUGGGAUAUCAGUCAUAUUACUGGUAUUGCCAUUUGACAUUCAUUGUUUCACAGCAAAAGGACAUAAAGGAAAGGAAUACCUGAUAACAUUGUUUAAUGAAGAGAGAGAGAGAGAGAGGGGAGGGAGGGGGGGGGGGGAAGAGAACUGAAUUAAUUUUGUUUCGAAUAGUACUCUCUGUUUGAGCUACUGUAUGCACACAAGGCCCAGGCAUGUCAGAUUAAAGCCUUUGAAAUUGAACCCCUUUUGCUAAAAUGUAUGUGGCGAAACAAUUAAAUUAUUGUGUCUGCCCUCUUUUACACUAGAAUCGUUUUUGUUUUUUUCUUCCCUUUUAAAGAAAAAUGACAUGUUCAUUACUCUCCUUAGAUUUUAGAUAUGAUUUUAGGAGAGAUUCAAAUUAGCCCACACUUCUCAUUCUACAUUUUUUCCUCUCCUCUCUCUCUCUCUCUCUCUCUCUCUCUCUCUCUAUCACUCCCUAAUCCCCCCCCCCCCCUCUCUCUUUGAAACAUUGUUUCAAUGCAAUGCCAUGGGAGGAGUGAGGAAUGCUUAAUAUAUUGGUUAAGUAAAAUUAUGUAUUAAAGGCCAAGCCAUAUUUUAACUGGUGCUCAAAUAAAAGUGUUAAUGUAUUUUUGUCUACUCCACUUCUAGCCAGCUAGCUGUAGUAUGAAUAGAUAUGUACAUGUAUAUAUAUAUAUUUGUAUCAAAGUUUCAUAUGAUAAAUGAUACCUUAGAAUCUAGUUUCAUAAGUUAUUUUGUUUCUUAUAUUUGUUUGAUUAUCAUAACUGUUACUGAUUUGUCACAAUCCAAAAAUGCAAUUGAUAUCUACAGUAACAUUCUAUGUAUACAUACCAUACAUAUAUUUAAAUGAUUUAUGCCCUAAGCACAUUAAUGAAGGGGAAUAUAACCCUAACAUACCGGUAACUUUCUGUGAUGGAGAAAAAUUUGAUUGGGCAGUGGAAUGACUUUCUAGGAGCACAAUUGGACCAAGUAAAGUAUCAAAAGUGGGAUCUUUAUAGCAAUGUGUGUUUUUGUAUUGAUUUCUUUUGAUAUGGAUAAUAUAUCUACUAGACGGUGGUAUCAUCAAUGGCAGUGAAGGCCUACUUGCAGGCAUCCGGCAAAUCAUUCAAAAGCUCAUGACCUGACAUCCACUGUAUGGAGAUACGAUACAGGAGGCAUGGUGGCUCAGUGGUAGAGCAGUGGUCUCUUAGUCGGGAGGUCCUGGGUUCAAAACCAGGUCAGUGCCCUUUGGAAAGGCAUGAUUAAUCCUCAUUACCAAGUCCCUCUGAGAGGACUUAAAACCUUUGGUCCCCUGGUUGCUUACUUAAUACAAGCAUACACAUGCUUUCUUAGCAGUCAGGUAGAAAACUAACCAUCAGACCACUAUUGCAUUAGGCUGUGAACCAGGGCAGUGUUUCACAAAGAUCCUAACUUGAAUCUAUCUCUAAGUUGGACUUCACAAUUAUGGAAAGCCGUUUGCAUCUAUGAAAAUAUUUUGUAAAAGUUAUUUGAAAGACAUAAAAUGUCGAUUCAAAUCAUUCAUACUUUCUAUUAUCAAGGAGAUUUCAUGUUAUUGAUGUGGAAUUUAUAAAAAGUCUCAAAUAUUUGAAUUUUCACUUGUGAAUAUAUUUUAUUUUAAGGCUACAAAUGGCUUUCCAUAACUGUUAAGUCCAACUUAGAGUUAAUUUCGACUUAGGAUUUUUGUGAAACACCCCUCAGGUGUAGCAAGCCAUCUCUGUCGUGCAGCUACCCAUCAAUGCAAGUGGUUCAGUCUCAUGAAUCUGCGGUCAUUUCCCCCAAAUUUAAGCCUAACUCCUGAAAGUUGUGCUCUUAGAAGGCGUUUCAAUUAUCCAAACGUCUAUGAUGUCACAGAAAGUACAAUAGGAACAGACACAAGAGAUUCAUUCAGAUAAGCCAUGUGAAUAUUUUUAUUACAAUCAUCUAGUGUAUUUGGGCUUCAUUUUGUAUGCAACAAUAAUUGUCUGGGUGAUAUAUAUAUAUACAAAUUUACAUGUAAAUGAAAAUUGUAUUUUUUCCCAAUAUUAUGUGUCGUUAUCUUUGUAUCGUAAAUUUUUAGAUUGUUUUUACACAUCAUCAGCAUGUUUUGUACAGUAUACAGCAAUCAAUAUUUCAUUCCUUCAGUUGAGGGUUAGAAUGGCUUAUUGAGACAUAAAAGAAGAUGAUUUUUGAUGCCAGGAAUGAUAAUGGUCUGUUAAUGAUUAAAAAUGACCUGUUUAUCGGCAUGUACUGAAAUCAACAAGGUACUUGGAUAGUGACAUAAAAAGUCAUGAAAUUAAUAGCUUUUGUCAUGGUAGCUUUUAUCAAAAUGUUUUGCUUCUUGCUAUAAGUCUAGUCUUGAGAUUUGAAUAUUGAUUUGUUUUGUCAUCAGUUGAAGUAAGGUUGCCACCUUUUCAAAGAAAAACGAAAAAUGUGUGUUGCUGCUAAUAUAUUGAUUCUUGCCAAUAUGUUUUUUGAACAAGAAUGAGGUUCAAUUUUUAGUUGACAUGUUCUGAUGCUUUAUUGUUUUUUCCAGCUGCUAGUAAAAAUUGCAGGACCUGCAGUCGUAUUGUUCAGCAUUUUAAUAUUUUUUGUUUUUAUUCAAUAUCUUUGUAAGUUUGCUACUUUUGAACAUGUACAAUACAGCAAUUUCUGUUUUACAAGUAAUAAAAAUAGACAUGCCUCUAGUCCAACGACAUUCAUAGCAUCAGUAUAGUCGUUACAUAAUAGGUUUGUGUAAUUGUUCUCUAUCUCAACUUGCAUUCCGUAGCCUGUUAGGAAUACUCUAUCCUAGGAUAUUACAUUUCAGCCAGACCUGUUUAAAUGUAGAUGAAACUUGCACAAUGUCCAGAUAUUGUCUAACUUACUUGCUGGAUCUUGGCCCUGUUUCAUAAAACUCUUUAUCAAUAACAAAUGCUAAAUUUCUAUGGUAGAUUUGCUCUCAGCCAAUCGGAUGCCACGAUUUCAGUAGCUUAUAAUAGUUAUUGUAACUUGUUAUUGAUAUCAAGUUUUAUGAAACGGGGACCUGUUCUGCGAGGGCAUUGUACUACAGAAUACACUAACCUGAAUACCAGUGAUUUGUCAUAUUACACAGUGCAAUUUUCUACUCUGACUCUCUUUACAAUACCACCCCCCCCCCCCCCCCACCCCCAACACUUAAAAUAUGUCAAUUGCUUGUUUUUCUGUUAUCAUACAUCUAGUUAAUUGGGAAUAUUACAUGUACCUGUAUUGCCCUGGGAAGUGAUGAUUUAUCUCGCUUCAAUUCUUCAAUCAAAUUGGCGUUGGUUUUUAAGUCUUUGUAAAAUCCUUAUACACCUUUAUGGCGUCGAUGAAAUCUGUAAUAAAGUAAAGAAAAUACA